AUGAGCCAAAGUAAUGUAGACCGUUUAGUGGACAACCUAAUAGAAGAUGAAGCUGAGAGAGAGGGUCUUCUUGCCAAACCCACCUGCUUUAUCAUAGUGGGAAGACCGGGUGUUGGCAAAUCCACCUUGGCCAAAAAACUUGCAGAGUCCUGGAAGUGUAUCUUAAUUGAUGAUACAGAUCUGCUAAACACACACUUACAAAAUAAAACAAAGCAAGGCAUAGAGCUCUUGACUAUCUUAUCUGAGGGGAGAAUUAUACCAGAAGACAUGGUGCUCCAGCUGAUUAUUGCCAGGCUUAACUCACCAGAUGUGGAGCACUAUGGGUAUGUACUGAGCUGCCUGCCGUUCAUGUCAGAAGAGUGUCUGAAAAUUCAUGAGCAGCUCGAGCUGAUCAAAAACCUCAAACUAACACCUGAUUUUAUCAUCAACAUCAAGUAUGCAGAUAAAGACCUGGUCCAUCGGCUGUCGGGUCUGAAGCAGCACACAGAGACAGGCCAGCUGUAUAACAGGGAACAGUGGACGCGUGAAGAUGUGUUUAACAAGAAGAGGGAGAACAAGGAUGAGGAACUGGAGGAUGAGGAAGAGGAGCUUGAUGAACAGGAACCCCAAAAGGAUAUUGUUGGCCACUUGGUGUGGACGCCAGAAAAUUUGGUCAGAAAUGCUUUUCCUAGAAUCAACAUGUACAAGGACACUAUGCUCAGACCACUGGAGGAUUACAUGUCAGGCCACAACCCCCUCUACCUGUUGGAGCUGGAUGGAAACAACCCACCUGAAGAGCUGCUCUCGUCUGUAAUGUCCCGUCUUGGAUCCAUGGCGGUAAAGCGUGUCUGCGUUCCAUUCCCCCUUCACCAGACGGAUGAUGAAGAACUGCCAGAGGAAAUUGACACGGAAGACCUAUUGAGAAUAAUGUCCUCCUCCAGGACCGUGUCCCCUGGCUUUAGAUGGAGAAGGAGCCGCUGGAGCCGAACUUGUCCUGUUGCCCUGAAGGAGGGCAAGAUCAUUCCUGGCAAGCCUGAAUUAUCUGUGGGCUUCCAGGACAAAUUGUACAUCCUGUCAUCUCAGGAGGCCUACGAGAAGUUUAUCACAAACCCCCGACGGUACUUACUUCCUCCGAUGCCCAGACCUCCUUGCAGAGUUUCCAUAAUUGGACCUCCACAGGCCGGGAAGAGCACUCUAUGUAAGCUUCUAGCUCAGCACUACAAUGCAUUGGUGCUUGAUAUGGAGGUAUUGGUGCAGCCGGUUCUGGCCAAGGUUGAGCAGGAGAAGCUUGAAGAAAUCAAAGAGCAGACAACACAGAUCGCGAUAGAGAAAAUCCGGCUGAAGAUGGAGCAGGAGGACGGGGAGAAUUUAGUGACAGAGGAUCAUCCAGAGGUGCAAGCCAUGGUGCUGUCUGCGCUGGAAGAAGCUAAACAUAUGAGCACAUCUCCCUUCAGCCUGUAUGCUGAGGUACUCGAGGAGCGCGUAAAAGAGAUUGAAGAGGCUGAAACUGAUGCUGGCUGGGUGCUUGACAACUUUCCCAAGAACUUUUCCCAAAUGGAUAUCUUACAGCAAGCUGGAAUCAUGCCAGACAUCCUCUUCUGUCUCAGAGACAAUGAUAGCAAUCAGGUUUUGAAGAGAUUGUAUGAAGCAAACAAGGACAGCGUGGACACAGCAGUAAGGAAGAGGUUGCAGGACAAACAAUCUGAUAAAGAGAAACAGGCCUUAAACCAGAAGGAACCCGAAUCAGAGGUAGAGGCCAAGCCUGCAGAGCUGGAAACAAAUCUAGAGACAGUUGUUGAAGAGACCGAAGCUGUGGUACUACCCGAUCAUUGGGACCUGGGUUACCCAGACGGCCCGGAGAUGAAUGACUAUAAACUGCAACUGCAACAGUUUGUGUCUGAAUGGGGCCAAAUGCAGUCUGCAUUAACUGUCGUCCACUCCGUACUGGAGAUUGGCCACAAAAGCCCAGAGGACCUGCUUCGAGAGAUGGUCCUUCAAAUGGAGAAACCCUUCGAGCACGUAUCGUGGGAGGUAUCGUCAAUGGACCUGGACCAGGAGGCAGAGGAUAUCGAGGCGUUAACUGAGCUGGAGAGAGCCGAGGAAGACAGCAGUGACAACGACUUAUCUGAGGAGGCGAAUGAAGGUGACACAACAGUCAAAAGGUUAUUAGGCGAUACCCAACAUUUCUGCCCUGUGGCCUUAAAAAACCAUAAUGUCCUGUGGCCGUGUACGGAUGAAAAUGCCGCCAAGUACCGUGAGAAGACCUUCUACUUCUCCAGCCUCGAAGCCAGGGACUCCUUCCUUCAAAACCCUCUUCAAUUUGUUGCACAGACUGAGCCUCUCAAGCCUCCUGUCCUGCGGAUCUUUUUGCUUGGCACCCGAGGGUCCGGCAAAACCACUCAUGGUGAGUGGCUUGCCCAGCAGCUUGGCAUCUUUCAUAUUCAGUUCAGAGAGCAACUCCAAAUGCUCAUCAUGGCCAAGACAAAGAAGCGGGUACCUCAUGCUGAUGAGGUAGAGUUCUCAGAGGAGUCUUCUGAGGAUUUGCAGGCCCUUAUAAAGGAAGCCAGGGCGGAGGUCGAGAAGGAGGAGACGGAGGAGCUGGAAGAGCUGGAGGAGACCUCCGCCAACAUGUAUGAUAUGGAGGAAGUGGUUCUGACUGAUGAGGAAAAGGCAAUCCAAGCCUACCUUUCUGAUGGAGAUCCACUGACUCCAGAGAUCCUGGAUAUGGUUAUCGCACCAUACUGGAAACAGGAGCCAUACAUAACUACAGGUUUCAUUUUGGAGGGCUUCCCUCACAAUCCCGAAGAGGUGCAGUAUAUGUUGCAGAAACAGCUUUUCCCAGACGUUGUGGUAAUGCUGGAGGUGGAUGUCCCAGAUGUCCAGAAGCGUCUGUUGCCGAGAUACUUGGAGAGCUGGUGUGAGCGCCGCAACCACCGUGAAGCACAGCGGAACCUCCUUCGGCAUCUGCGUGAGAAUAACAGGGAGGAGAACAUUGCCAGGAGAAGGGCUGAACUCACCAAGGCAGGAAAAACUAAGUAUGAAGAAGACGAUGAAGAGGAUGACGCUGCGGGUAACAUAGAGGAUGGGAUAGAGGCCGUGCUGGAGGAGGAGUUUCCUCUAGAGGAGGAAAACGAAGACAUGGAGAAUGAGGAGACUGAGGAGGCAGCGUCUGGGAGGCUGGAGAUGGAGAUAGCAGAGCGUUAUACGACGGAUGAAAACAGCCUUGUUACUGUGAUGGAGCUCCUGAGUGAACUAAGCAUAUCCAAUGUCUUGAUCAGAGCCUCUCGCAAGCUCCGCAUUGUGCGGUAUCAGCUGCUCCAGAAAAUCCAGCCCUUGCUGACCAACAGGGAGUCACUCUUCCAAAGAUGCCAACCCAUCUCAUACAGCCUGGCACAUAAGCUGCUGCUCUUCUCUUAUAAGCUCCACAGUGCCUUUGGCUGCUGGGAUCCCAUAAAGCAAUACAAAGAGAGAGAUGUGUUCCAGCCUGUGCAGUGGCCUCUCAACGCCACAUAUCCCAUAAUCUUCCAUCAGUAUAUCUACUUCUUUGAGUCUAAGGAGAACCGCAAAACAUUUAUGCUGAACCCCUUGAAGUACCUCAGGCAGCCAAAGCCCACCCCGUCCCUUUCUGCUAAAAUAGCAGUUGUUGGACCACCCAAAUCUGGAAAAACCACGGUGGCACAGAUGUUUGCUCGGAAAUAUGGCUUGGCCUGUCUGUCCAUUGGCAGUGUUAUGCGUGUGGUGCUGAGCAAUUAUGAGCACACUGAUCUGGUAGUCCAGAUGAAAAGGCAUCUCUCCCAGGGAUUUGCUGUGCCUGAUGACCUGGCCAUUCAGUGUCUGGAGGUGGUGCAAAUGAGCACGGUCUGCAGCAGAGGGUACGUGUUGGAUGGCUUUCCGAAGACACUUAAGCAGUCAGAGCUGAUUGAGUCUCGGAGUAUCAUUCCCAUGAUAGUUGUUGAGCUGGAGCUCGACACAGUGGAGGUGCUGAGGAGAGGCCUUCUGGACAAGAUGAAGCCCAACAAGCCUCACCUGAUGCACAACAGCUCAAAGAUCCUCCACAUUCGCAACUCCUGUUACACGCAGGAGAUAGAUCAUAUUAGGCAACACUUCCAACAACACUAUCAGAACUGGAUCCUGCUCGAUGGCUUGAAGAGCAAAUGGUGGAUCGGGAACAGAAUUGUAAAGGAGUUCAGCAUCAGCAUGAAAUAUAUCUCCAACUACGUGGGAAGGAUGUGCAGCAGGCAAGCAACCUCCAUCAACCGACUGUGCGUCACACCCAAGGAGCUGCAGUGUCGGCUUGGAGAGUUUGGUCAUUACUGCCCCGUCUGCCUGGCUCUACAUCACCACCUAGUGGACUGCUCAGACAUCGCAGCCUUAACUCAUGCGGCUGAGUACAGGGAACACUAUUACAAGAUGUGUGGCGAAGACCAUUUGGAGCGGUUCCUCACCACACCGGAUCAUUUUGUGUCUCCUGGCUGCGCACGCACUCUCCCACAACCCCACCUGCUGCCAAGAAAGAGAACUGAGAAUCAGGUGAAAAACAGGUUCCCACAGCAAGUUGAGAUGAAGGGCUUCUGCCCAGUCACUUAUCUGGAUGGAAAGAAAAGGUAUGAAGCUCUGGUUCGAGGAAAGAUGGAGUAUGCUGUUGAAUACCGAGAAAGGAUCUACAUUUUUGAGACAAAGCAGAAACAGGACAAGUUUUUGAGGAUUCCUGAAGCCUACUGGGACCAGAAGCUGCCCACUAAAGUUCCUCCUCUCUGUGAACCGAUACCCCUCACCUCCCUUCCAACGUUGGGCUAUCUGGAACAGGGUGUGUCAAUAUCAGUCAUCAAGGCCAUGACAGCAGUUGGGUGUCUGAAACCGAAGUACCCCUUCCUCAGCAUACAAAGAUCAUCCCUCCUCUAUGUGGCCUUCUAUCUGAAAGCUUUCAACAACAAGAGCACAGACUACACCCGCAAGCUGUACAAAAAGAAGCUGGCCUCGUUUGAAGAGAACUGUGCGCUCAUUCCCUACCUGAGCUCAACGAUGAGAGGGAGCUACCGGUCUCCCAGUGAGCGUCCCAUUAACUUGGAGUUCAAACUAAACAGGUUCCUGGCCUUGGGAGACUCGCCAGUUACCAACAUUGCGCUGUAG